AUGGUUGAGGAAGGAGGGUUGAGCUAUGGACCGCCUAUUCCCAACCCCCAAGGCCCGAACCCUGUGCCACACGCUCUUAUACCUCCCAUUGCUCAACACCUCGAUUUGAUCACCUGUGUUGAUGACUAUGGCAUUUUUCAUGGGCUGCACGUCGAUCCACUCACCGUCUUUCAGAAUCUGGAGGCCCGCCACCUCAUCAUCCUGGAACAGGAGGAUGACCCCACCAGCGUCUGUGUGGGCCCGAAGCCCAUUUACCCUUUCGGGCUGGGGGCAUGGAGGGUAGUGGCUGACCUUGGUGCCGAAGAAGGCCUUGUCACCAGUUUGGGCCCCGGCGUUGAAGGCCCGAUUGAUGUAGCCCUUGGGCAGGCCCAAGUUCUCAUCCAUUGUCUCCAUGACUCGGACAGCUAG